AUGUCUCUCAACCCCAGCGCAAAGGGGGAGAAAGUACCGGUGCGCCGAAAAACGGCCACUAACGCCGGUCUUCCAGAACUCGCCAGCUUGCACCGUAGUCUCAAAACACCCGUCAGUCUGACUGGCGCCUCAUGGGCACCCCGGAGUCCCAGUCUUCGAUUACCUCCGCCUACUCCCUACCUACCACCGCACGCACCACCCCAACUCGACCGGCAUGUGGCCCCACCGGAGCCCCUGAAAUUCCCAAUUCUCCCCUGCAAACCUGUUGUCCGCAGCCAGCGACCGAAACCUGCUCGGACGAAGUGCAGGUCUCGGGCGCAGCCCAAGAUUGCGCCUCUGCGAGCUGACGUCCAGACGGAAACCGAUCUGCUUCUGGGGCAGCCUGCUCUCAUAUGUCGUCUCUGUGGACUCAACUGUCCCUCCGGUGACAUCCUCCAUGCACACAUAUUGCUGCUCAAGCACUCCAGAGCCAAGGAAGGGCUGGAGACUGGGGAAGCCGGGGACACGAAACCUACUACGAGGGGAACGCGGCUUUUCUGUAGGAGAUGUGGAGCCUCCUGGAACACCGCAGACAAGGAGGACGUCAAGUGUCAUACCCACCCCUGUAUUCUUCAGAAAGCGGCCUACUUAAAGAACUUUCUGGCACCCGAGUCAAAAAUUAGUCAGGGUCUGCCCUUUGUUUGCCUAUUUUGUUGUGCAGAGAGGGAGGAUGUUGGCGCAGCCUCUAGACGGCGUCCACCGCCUGGUCGACGUGGCCCACGCAGGUCCACCAAGAAAAGACCCCUUCGACCGCAUCACACAGCAGCACACUUUGCCUCAAAGUUGCACCUGGCAGUACACAUCAUCUACUUCCACGUGCCCACUCGAAGUCCCGGUCACUGCAGUGAAUGUCCGGACUUCUCCUAUGAUGCCGAAAAGGACGAACCCCUGGAAUUUGAGCUGUGGACACGGGAGGUGCCCAAAUCACCGCUGCCACGCCGCCACCCAGCCGCUGUGGCGGCGGCGGCGGCCACGGUAGGUAGGAAACAACUGACCCUGUGUGAAGCAAAAUCCUCCUCCGAGACGGAGGAAGAGGUUCACUCUGGUCCCCCCUCGCCCACCCCCUCCUCCUGCUCCAUCCUCGAGCGCGAAGGUCUGCACGCUCUGGACAGGCACAUCGAGGAGGAUCACACUCUGCUGUAUGAGUAUCUGGCCUGGCAAUUUACCAAACACGGUCUCUCUGAUGUCGCCGUGCACACAAGUAGGAGUCGAACCAGUUGGAUCUAUGCAUGCCCAAUCUGUCAAAUACAGCCCUUCACUUUAACCUCCAGCGUGGAUGCCCUACGGAAGGAGAAGCUAGCCAGACCGGAAUACGGUAUGUCGGGCAACGCCAUGCUGCAGACGCAUAUCGCUUGCUUUCAUUCGGCAGGGACCAACUUCUUGGAUUGGAAACUGCAAGUCUGUCAGGUGUGUGGGGAGUCCCUGGCCGACGGUGGAGGCGGCGGCGGCGGCGGUGGAGAACUGACCUCUCCCCUCCAGCGUCACCUGGUGCGUGCUGGCCAUCUGACCCGACUGAAGGCUCUCUUCGGCCUGGCUGUGAGGCAGGGUCGUCUGUCGGACGCAGGCGGCUGGUUGCAGUCUGUGGACUGGCAGAAGACCUGCGUUCUCUGUUGGCGCAGGUUUGGGCGCGGUGCUGAGGAUCACAGUCGGUUGGCGACGCUGCGUGCAGAGUGUCAACUGCAGGCGCAUCUGAUCAGUGCACACUGCGUGUUUGGCGAGGAGAGGGGGGAGGAGAAGCCGACAAUGGCUUGUGGAUGGUGUGGAUGCAUGCUACUGAAACAGGAGAACAGAACAAGUAGGUGGUUACAGACCCAAUUACUUCAGCGAGUAAUAUAACCUUCCUAGCAGUCAUCAUCAGCCACGUAGGAAUCUGACAGUAGGUCAUAAGGACGACUUUGUUUAUCGUGGUCCGGGUGCCAAGCAUUCGUAAGUUAGUAGAGUACGUUGGGACGCUUGCAUCUCAGAAUAAUGUAACUGUACGGUCCGUAACCAGUGAGUUCAGAGGUAAACCUACGCAUACACGCAUCGCCUUCAGCCCCUGACAAAGCAUAUGUGAACAUACUAUUGUUAACAAAUAGGUUGGCAGACAGUUAUAACCCAAAUCAAAGCUAAAUAGUCCCGAGGUUGAAAAAUCGAUUCGGCUACUCAUUGAGUCAGACUUGUUAAACGUUGUCCGACUGGUGGUUCAUUAACCGAACCGAUAAUCUACCUCCCCUGAACGACCGGAUCGCGAGUUGUGGCUAUGGAGACAGGUAGCAUAACUUUCCUAGCAGUCAUCAUCGGCCACUCAAGAAUCUGGCAGCGAGUCGGAAGGGCGACUCGUUAUACGGGUGCUAAGCAUCUGUAAGUUAGUAAAGUACAAUUCGUGACUUAUCGGAUGAAAUGUCACAGACUGUGAACUUAAAUCGCUGUAGCGCACGAUACUGCCACCCUGCAUCCAUGAAAGAUAUACUGCGUUAAAUAUACGACCGAGCUUCAAAACAAGGCAUGGUUUGGUUUAUAAAGUAUUAUUUAUUGACUAAGAAAUUACUUUUUGUAGGAAAAACCACCAAAUCACAAAAUCGACUGUAUGACAGGCCUACUAUUCAGGGUCUAAUAUAACUGUCAGCGGAAAAGGGAAAUUUCACAAAACGACAAAAAAAUAAAAACAGAAACAAAUACAACGAGCUAAUACUUUGUCGAUUGUCUUUUAGCUUUCAAAGUUGCCGCAUAGCAAGAGGGCAUGGGCACUAUCAAUUUGUCUAUGGUGAUUUGGUCUAUGUAAUUAGUAAGCAAAAGUUCCAACUUUUCCUCCAUAGGAAGAUGUUUUCUUGCUUUUUCCCAAUUCCUUUUGAUUAGUGCAAAAAGAUUUUCCGUCGGAUUUAGGUCCGCGUUGUUGGCGGGGAUAAAAAUGCUUCGAAGGCCGCAGGCGGAGAGGCUGGCUGUGGUCUAAAAUAUUAGAUUAUAGUCGUAAGUUGAGUUGGAAUCAUACCUCCUUUGAGCGGUGGACAGGGGCAUUAUCCUGCAACACUACGGUGUCUAUUCGACGUCGAUGAAUGCCGCUGUAACCGAAGGCAUCCUUUAGGAUGCUGAUGAACACCCUGCUAUUUAUCGUCUCCGCCGUUGAACGUCAGAUCGGUCGCUCUCCGAAUUUGAUGGCCAUCCAAACCAUCAGGUGUCAGCAGUUCUUGAGAGUUGGCGUCGAUGCAGUGUGCUAUCGUGGAAAGUUCUUCCCACAUAUGACCACCUGGGCCGACUCCGGAGGCUUGUCUAAAAAUAAGACCUCAUCACAAAAGUAAAUGCUUUUCUAGAGGGAAAGUCUGUAAUCAAUAUACUUUUUAGCAAACAAAAAACGUUCUCCUACAAGUUUUCUACCUAAAAAUGGUUUUGUCACGGCGUUUUGCUGAGGGAGACCGAACUCUCACUCUUUUUCUAAUUAUGCGCAUAGAAAACAUUGACAGAUUUUCACUGUAAAUAGCCUUAAGGGGCAUAUAGGGGUACUUUUUCAGUGUCUAACGAAUGAAAUCGUCGUCUCGCUUGCUUGUGGACCGUUAUGGCCUACCUUACUUAGUUCUAGAAUCGCGUUUGAUAACAGUGCCCCUGCGGUCCGUAGUCGGCGCGUUCAGAAGUGAACAUACAAUUAUUAACAAAUGGGUCGGCAGACAGUGAUAACUCUAUUCAAGGCUAAAAGUCCCGAGGUCUGGAAGCGGAUUCGGCUACUCAAUGAAUCAGACUUGUUAAACGUUGUCCGACUGGCGGUCCAUUAACCGAACCGAUAAUCUAUCCCUCCUGAAUGACUGAAUUGCUGGCUGUGGCUAUGGGGACACCUGGGGCGAGCGAACGAAGUGGGUUGCUAGACGAAAAAAAAACUAGAUAAAAGACAAAAUUCUCUAGAAAAAGGGAAAAAAUCUCCGCGAACUCAAACUCCAAAUCGUAGAUAACUCCGUUCCCUCCAUGCUGCCGAAGGAAUAGGAGCUGGCAUUAUCUUUCCUUGCUUCUCGUCGCAUACGGGAGCCAAACCUUUGCACACUGAUUUGUCAAGUGGAUUAUGGAUCGCAUUCAGUCCAUUGAGACGAUGACAGUGAAAGACACCCGUAUGGUAGUUUGGGUUCAACUUGGAACGCAGGCCAGAGUAUCUGGAGAGGCUGGUUUGUCCUUCAGUUCGACUACAAAUAAGAGGGCGUAAAACAUUAACUCCAAUUUCACUUCUCUUUCCAGCGAUAUUUAGUGACAGUGCCAUAUCAAUGCGACUGGAUAGUAGAUUAGGCUCAAUGGCUGUCAGGGAAUCCUUGGCCGUCAUAAAUGAACAUCUUCCCAAACGUGCCAGUCGGUGAGAAGCUACGCGGAAGCCACACAGAAGAAAAGCCGCCACAAAUGAGUGAUCAAGUUAUCCCGUCAGACUCCGGGAUUUCCGAAAGACACAGUAUUUGGGUUAUGGAGGACCAGAACGCUCUUGCUCUUUCUCUCUCUCUCGCAUGCUCUUUUCCUGCUCCCAUCCACCCACGCCAGAGAUAAACAAUGAUUGACCCAAACCAACCAUUUUUGACUCAUAUAAGUUCAUUGAUAUUUUGGCAGAUUUUGAAUAAUUCAUAUUGACCCAACUGUGAAAAACUUGGCGCCUCGGUGGGAUUCGAACCCAGGCAGUAAGGGGAAGGCUUUAGCCAACGCUCUAACCACCUGAGCUACGAGGCCCCGCCGGACGACGCGAGUUUAAUCACACUUGGGUCAAGUUACCCGCCCAACCUACUGCAACGUCUGGAAUCAACCAAAUCUGAUACAGUAAAUUGACGACCCAAGCAGGAUUUCCUAAGUUCAUUACGAGGUCCUAACUCCCUGUGGUUUGACAGUUAAGGAAACUGCACUCAUGUACACGCGGGUCCCAUCCAGUGAGGCUUGGUUGUGAGCAGUGCUCCUCAGUCGAUGACUGAUUGGUUACCCAGCCUUUGAAGCAGCCUUUGGCCCAGGCAAAUGAAGGGCUGCGUGCCACCCUUCUGGGCCACAAGGAAUGCAAGCAUCUGCAAUGCCAGGAUCAGAAAACCAUGGCCCUCUCUCAGUCUGGUGUUCGCUGGCAGUUCUCUGGCACCCCGUUUCCCUGUCGGUAGGUGCGCUUGCGCUCCGGCUGGGUAUACAAGUCAUAAUCAUGGCCGCCCAGUCAUCAUCCUCGUCCUUCUGACCCCGGUUGGGGGUGUUGUUAUUACUGUUGCAGGUGACAUAAUCGAAAUCGAUGGUUGAACUGUCGGUUGGUGACAAAUUCUGGUCAAGUGUAUGUUGUGGACCCGGGGGGUGGGGAAGUUCGCCUACGUGCGAGCUCGACCCUGCCAACCACCUGCGCCCUCUCCCGCCUCCGGUCUUCUUGACUCAGUCUUGACAGCGGACCCAAGCGAGAAAAAGGACGGCAGAGUGCAGUGGAUGCUACGCAAGUCCGCGUUCACCAUCGCCGUGCCUGCUUCACCUUGUUGUGGAGCACACGUCGGGCGCAACAGUAGUGCGAGUACGGCUUUUGUCCGCCAAUAACGGCUGCGCCGUCAGCCGCCGCAUCGGAUCCCACAAUAGAUGUGCUAUCUCAUGAAAUAUUGACCAGAAUGCUGAAAUAUGUUUUCGAUUCGAGAAGAUUACAUGGACAGAGUUGUAAUAUUAUUUAUCAUAAAGUCUGAUCUUUUCGAUUCGAUAAGAUUACAUAGGCAGAGUUAAAAUAUUAUUUAUCAUACAGUAUAAUCCUAAGAUGUUUAAGUCAAGACAGGAUGCCGGCUUUUGAAUGAGCUUCUUGUAGGCCGUCUACAAAGACUAUACCCUGCAAAUUAUGACUACUUACAUAGUAUGAAUUUUUCCACUGGUUUUCGAUACCCUUACAAAUUCAAAUGCAUUAUCUAGAAAAUAUUUGUUGCACCCAUUUGGUUGCGGAUUGCGUCUGCUUCAAAUUUUGUGCGUGAAGUGGACGUGUAUUUUGAUUUUAAAAGGUUUCUACUUUUAAGAUUUUUUUAAGAACGUUAAGUAUCCAUUCACACAGCAUCAUGUUUACUAGUGUUAUCCACAAAAUAUACAGCCUGGUCCACAUCCAUUCCGUUACUUUGUGUAUCUUAUCUCACGUCUUUUUAAAAGCGUACAGAGAUGACUGAUUUUCCUCACAAGAAAAACAUACAGCAUUUAGCUUGUAAACCCUGAAUAGCAAGUCGGACAUUUAAAAUCAAUGGGAAAUAUUCAUACUGUUUAAGUGUUAAUUGUUUAUGGACUUUAAUGUUUGCAGACGGCCAGGAAGAAGUCCGUUUAAAGGCCGGCAACCUGCUGCGACUGAAACAUCUUGGGGCUAUGCUUCAAGAUAAUUAAUAUCACAACAGUACCUGAGUAAUCUUUUUCUAAUCGGAAACACAUUUUAGAAUUUCGGUUGCAAUUUCAUGAGAUAGCACACCUACCGUAUUUUCAGUGGACCCGACUCGUACAAUCUGACGCGUUUGAACGAAAUCUCAGCAGACUUACAGGGCCCACCAGCACACGGAAUACAAUCGAUACACUUAACUGCCCGUUCAGAUUUAAUUGGAUUUCGAUACGCACGAUUUGGCUGCCAACUGUAGUGUCCACGACGCCCGAAGCUGAGCCCCAAGUGGCGGUGGCCAUAAAUCGAUAAUCAGGCCUGUCAGCCCCCCCCCCAGUUGCCAUUCCGAUCUACACCACUAACCAGCCUGAAGGAUGGAGACCCACCUCGUGAUUUCUCAAUACCAAAAGGGUUACCACGAACACUCACAAGCAUAUGAAGUGCUUGUGACAUGUAAGGGCCUACUUUUGCUUUCCUCAUGCUAUCUUACAGUGAGUGACCGAUCACAUAAAAUGUUGACUGAAAUUCUGAAAUGAGUUUUCGAGUAGGAAGGAUUGCUUAAGAGCGGUUGUAAAACUGAUUUUCUCGCGGCAUAAUUCUACAAUAUUUCGGACUCGGCAGAACGUCAGAUUUUGAAUGCACUGCUUUUAAAUCUCCCGUAGGAACCAUAUUUGGUAAGAAAUGGCUACUUAAGUAGCAUGCACUUUUCACAUUCAUUUCCGAUGGUCUUGCAAAUUCAAAUAUAUUUUAGAAAAAUUACGAGCAAAAAUAUGCUUUCUUUUAGUCGUUUGAUAGAGCAUCACGUUUUCUUUAUAGUUUACAUUCCAGGAAGAAUUAUAACUAGGUUUUAAAAAGUUUCUAAUUACGAGAUUUUUUAAGACCGCGCAACGUCCGUUCACAUAGCAUCGUACUUGUCUGUUUACUACUGCUCCUCAUGAAAUGUACAACAUGGUCCACAUCCAUUGCAAAAUUUUAUGGAUCCUAUAUAUUGUCUUUUUAAAGGCAUAGAAUAAUAUGUGAUUUUCUUCACGGGGAACACAUACACCUCGUAGACUGAAAUCAUUAGGCGCUAGUGCAACGGCUGAUCAGGCUCCAAAUUAUUCAGGAAUUAGAAAACUUUUUUUAAAACCUUAUUAUACUCCUUUUUCGGGUACACAAUAUAAAGAUGAUUUGAUUUUCUAUCAAACGAUUGAAAGAAAGCGUAUUUUGUUCGGGAUUUCUAUAAAAUAUAUUUGAAUUCUCAAGACCAUCAAAAAUCAUUGUAACAACGCAUGCUGCUUAAGUAGUCAUUUUUACCAAGUACAGUUUUUCAAAAGGAUUAAAAUGUAGAGCAUUCAAAAGCUCACAUUCUGUCGAGUCCAAAAUAUAUUAGGCAUGUGUCCCAUGAUAAUGAAUGUUUUAACCCCACCUAAGUAAACCUUCCUAAUCAAAAACACAUUUCAGAACUUCAGCCAACAUUUCAUGAGAUCGGUCACUCACUGCAUGAAAUGUUAACCGAAAUUCCGAAAUGCGUUUUUGAUUCGAAAAGACUGCUUAAAUGGGAUUGUCGUGUUAAGUGUCGUUUUGCAUAAUGUUAAGACAUUCUAUUCACGUUAGUAUUUUGGCUUCUUACCGACUGCCUGUCAAAAUUACAUUCCUCAAAAAUGGCUACUUAGGUAUUAUGCCUUGUUUCCGUUCAUUUUCGACGCCUUUGUAAAUUAAAGUAUAUUUUACCGAAAACGUGCAGAAAAAUUCUUCCUCAUACUUAUUUGGUAGUGUAUUAUGUCUCCUUCGAUUUGUGUUGCUUAAAGAAAUAGUAGCUUUCAAUUUUAGAAGAGUUUUUAAUCAUGACAUUUUUCAAGACCGUUAAACGUUAAAUCCUACAGCGUCGCAUCAACAUAUUUAUUAAUGCCGUUUAUAAAGUGGACAACGCGAUCCCCAUAAACUGCAAAAAUUUAUGAGCCCUAUGUAUUUUCUCCAUGAAAGCAUAAAUAAAUGAGUGAUUUUCCCUACAGGAAAGGAUACAGCUUGUAGUUUGUAGACCCAGAAUGCAAGUGUGGCUCAAGGUCAGGUUCAGCAUUAUUGAGAAAGUUUCUCAAAACAGGGAGAUAUUCCUUCUUCGUGUAUAAGAUUUAAAGAAGACGUAAGUUGCUACUAAAUGAAUAAAUAGAGCAUUUGCGUGCACGUCUUCCAGAAAAUAUAUUUAAAUCUCUAAGGGUAUCACAAAUUAAUGAGAAGAAUAAAAGCCUCGUAAGUAGUCAUUUCUAUGGAAUGUAAUUGAUGGAGGCUGUUGAUAAAGGAUUCGUUUCAAAGCUAGCAGCUUGACGUCACUGGAAUAUCUUGCUGCUGCACCCCAUGAAAAUUAAUAUUACACGCCCACCUACGUGAUCUUUUCGAAUUGGAAAGGUAUUUCAGGAUUUCGGUCAAAAUUUCAUGAGAUAGCCUUUCUACUAAAUGUAGUUUCCGUCUGCCAUUGGUAUUUCUUGGAGUAAUUCCGAUGCGGAGGAGGCAGAUUGUGCGUCAGAAGCUGAAAGAUAACUGUUUUCAGUAUCUGUCGCAGCUGCUCACAGCAAGGGUAUGAUAUGUAACUCCCCCUUGCGGAGACCGUAGUUAGCUACUAAUCUAACUCCAAUCACGGUGAUGCCUCCUAACCUGUAGGCAUUUAAGGACCAUUCGAACGUAACCGUAACCAUAAGACAAGCCCCAAAACCCCAACCCUAGCCUACAUGCCAAAUUCAAACCAUAGCCCAGGCCUGAAAACCCUAUUCUCACGCACAACCCAACCAACUCCAACCUUAACCGUUGUCCAAACUCUGACCAUGGGUCCAAAAAGGACAGCUUUAAUACUGGAGGUCAAAAUCUGCUCUUCUACAUAACUCCUUUCGUCACCUACUGCCAAGUAAACCGUUAUGAUGCAUGCCAGCCACCCAUGGGGGUUACAUACACUACCCUUACCCCCCCCCCCAACGGCUAAUUUUGCUAUGGACUGACUCUUGCUAGUAGUCACUGCAAGCGACAUCCGCCUAGCACCCCCGCCCCCCCCCCCGCUUGAUUAGGGUAUGCUACGCCCAGCCAGCCAAUCAGAUCACUAAUCGCACACAAAACCGCAGAUCCGGGCUGCUUGUACAGGACUAGGCAGAGGCUAGUACGAUCCUAUCAGGGAUAGACAGAGAUCUCUGUAACAGACAGAAAGCCACGGAAGGGUAAGAUAAUUAUGCCUGCCAGUUAAACUUUAAAACGCGGGGAGAGGCCAGGUAACCAGUUUUGAACACAGAAGAAGCAAUUUAUGCGAUAGUCCAUGCACAAAUAGACUAUAUCACCGUCAAAAAGCCCCCUGUAUGCAUCAAAACAUGAAUUGCACUGCAACCUCGUUUUUUUCCCUUUUCCGCCGAUAUUUCAGCUUAACUUAAGUAAUUUUUUCGAACUGAAAACGCAUUUCGGAAUUUCAGUGCAUACUUCAUUGGAUAGGACAUCCACCAUGGGCACAGAACAGGACGAUGUUUUUCCCCAGACCUUCUUGUGCAUUUACAGGAGAACGGUUCAAUUAAGUAGUCGAUCCACGAAAGAAGUUGUAUUCAGGAGUGCUGUGAAAAACCUUGUCUGCGUUGACUGCGCAGGAAAAAAACACUGGAUUCAGAAUUGGCCUGCCUCAAAAUAAAACCCUGACUAAAUGCAGUUACCAAGUCCGUUUCUUCCAAAAGUACAGCUGUGCGCCGGAGUGAAAACUGACGGAAUAUUCAGUUUCGAAAAAGUCUGCCAGCUUACGCUUUCCCUUCAAAAGAAAGGGUAUAGUAGGCAGUGCUGGGUAUUUUGGGUGAAGGCCAAAAUAUGCUUCCUGCAUAACCACUUUCGCAACCUACGGUUAUGAUGCAUGCCUCACCACCCAGGGGGUUACUACCCUACCCUUACCGAACUUCUUUCUAAACCGCCCUAGUUAAUGAGGGUGCGAAGAUGGAGUAGAGCAGCCAACGGCUCAUCAGACGUCGAGAAAGCAAGGCCGAUCUCCUGGCUGGUUUCCAGUGGGCCCAUAUAUAUAUAUAAUUGGGGGGCACUCACCGUUCGUUCUUACGAAACUCAGUCGUUCCGUUGUGCCUUACCGGCUUUCUCUCGAGUCCAACCCUCUCGAGCCCCCCUCUACCAUUGUAUUUUAUUUGUCGAAACCGACAGGACAACGAGACUGUGGCUCAGUGGUUAGAGGCGUUGGACUUUUAACUAAAAGGUCGCGAAUUAGAGCCCCUUGUGUUCCAGACCUCGGGGUUGGGUAUGGCUGGCUGACGACGGCUAAUAAGUCAGAAGCGGCCAGCCCCUUUCGCCACCAACUGCAUGCAUGUCCCACCACCCAGGGGGGUUACAUAACCUACCCUUACCGAACUUCUUUCUAAACCGCCUUAGUUCAUGAGGGUGAGAAGAUGGAGGAGAGCAGCCAACGGCUCAUCAGACGUCGAGAAAGCAAGGCCGAUCUCCUGGCCGGUUUUCAGUGGGCCCUUAGGCAUGAGGAGGAACACGCCGAUGCCCUUUUCCGUUGGUGGUGCUCUCCAGCCUCGAGGGCGAAAAUGGCGCUUUGAGAGAGGAAUUUCUCACCAGCCUUCGUUUUAUGCGCUAAGUUUAGCUAUUGUCCUUGAAACAUUUAAAAAAGAAAAGACCCGGCUAAUAAUCGUCUUACUUUUUUCCUCUGUCUACCGGUGCCACAGUCAUCCUACGAGUCGGACCUGAUUCUUAGCUAAGGAAGUAUUUCUUGUUGUAUUUUCGCUGGCAUGGUUCGUUCCCGAAACCAAGGCCAACUAUCGUCUUCGUUACUGUUGCUACCGUUGUCAUUGGUAUUACCUCUACCACAGUAGAUGAGCUAGCUCAUGAAAUGUCAGCCAAAAUUUCGAAAUUCGUUCCCGUUUCGAAUUUCGCCAUAGCUACCAACAACCGACGGCCGUCUGCUUCGUUGACUUUGCCGCCGCGUUCGAUUCCGUUCACCGUCAGUCCCUGUGGCGGAUAAUGGCGCUAGAUGGUGUACCGGCAAAAAUCAUCGCCAUGAUCAAGGCCUACUAUCGCUCCGCUACUGCGAGAGUCCUAGUCCGUAACAAACUUUCCCAACCGUUCGGUAUUCGGUCGGGCGUCCGACAUGGUUGUAUCCUGUCACCCAUACUGUUCAACUACGCUAUUGACUGGAUCCUCGGGAGGGCCCUACGCGACAGUGACGGCGUUGAAUUUGCACCCGGACAUCGACUGACUGAUCUCGACUAUGCCGAUGAUAUCGUCUUACUUGCUUCAAGUUUUGGUGAUCUGCAGUCUGUGGUGUCACGGGUGAACGAGGUCGCUACAUCAGUCGUUUUGUCCAUAAAAUGCUGGGAAGACCAAAGUAUUCUCAAGCUGCAUCCCUGACCAGGAGAAGGCACCCCUGGGGAUUGAUGGCUGUCAACUUGAAGAAGUGGACAGUUUUAAAUACCUCGGGGCGAGGCUGCUGCCUAAUGGACAGAGUAAGGACGACAUUGUCUCCCGAAUCGAUGCUGCCCGCUGGGUUUUUUCAAGCCUUCGGAAAUGCCUGUGGAACCGACGUGACCUCUCCAUCGCCACUAAGAUUCGCGUGUACCGUGCAUCUGUCCGGUCUGUCCUUCUCUACGGUUGUGAAUGCUGGGCUUUGCUCGUGGAGGAUGAGCGAAAACUGGAGGUAUUUGACCACCACUGCUUGAGGAUCAUCCUUCGAGUGAAGUUAACCGACUUCGUCUCAAAUGAGACAGUCGGCGCUCACUGCAACAACAUCACAAGGAUAACUCAGGCCAUCCAAGAAAGACGACUGAGGUGGUUCGGGCAUGUUCUUCGUCGUCCACCCCAGGAGCUCAGUGUUACUGCCCUCGAUCCGGCACCGUUGUCCCAUUGGAGGCGUCGAAGAGGGGGUCAGUUCAAAACCUGGCUCGACACUGUCCGUCAAGACAUGGAGGUGGUUCUUGGACCUUCGGUAUUCGGUCUCCGUCGUUGGCGAAGGGAAUGGGUUGAGCUGUCUAGAUCUGCUGCCGCGGAUCGUCACGCGUGGAGAGGUACAGUUCGGGACAUCAUCGAGGCCGGCUAG